CCAUCUGCCCCUCUCCUCCUACCCCCAGCAGUCUCGGAGCCUCACUCCGGGGCGUGUCCUGCCUACCUUCGGCACACAGUGGUCCACUCUGCCGGCUCCAGCGGCGGGCGGAGCGGCGGCUUGCGGGAGCUGGAGCAGCGGUGGUGCGAGCCGCCCGGGAAAGCAGCGGUGGCAGCGGUCGGCGCUCUGGGCCGGGCCGGCACCUGUCCGGAGCAAGAGGAGCAAGGGUAGGGUGGGUGACAGCGGCUCUGAACCUCGGAAGAAGUUGGCACCACCCAGCUGGGAUCCUGCUGUUCCUAUCAACCUCCUGCUGGCCCUCAGGGAGGUAGCACUGAGCUGGGGACACCGGUGUGGACAAACAUGUGCAGCAACAGCUAGAGGCCUCCGGACAGGUUAUCGUGUGGUCCAAGAGCAGAGAGACAAGGCAAGGGGCGCCUUGGACCAUGGCAGCCUCCAGCCUGGACUUCGGGGAGGUGGAAACUUUUCUGGAUAGGCAUCCAGAGUUGUUGGAAGACUAUUUGAUGCGGAAAGGGAAGCAGGAGCUGGUGGACAAGUGGCUACAAAGGCACAGUCCGGGACAGGGGGCUUCAGGCUUGAAGCCUACCCUGGCUGGCACUGGCAGCUUGGCUCCGGGUAGUGGCAGAGGCAGCACUGGGAAUGCUGGGGUUGCUGGACCACAGGGCUCUGCUAACAGCCAUCCCAUGCCCAGUGGUGGGGAAAGUGCUGGGGUUCCCCUGAGCCCCAGCUGGGCCAGUGGCAGCCGGGGCGAUGGGAACCUGCAGCGGAAAGCUUCGCAGAAAGAGCUGCGGAAGAGCUUUGCCCGCUCCAAAGCCAUUCAUGUGAACAGGACCUACGAUGAACAGGUGACCUCCCGGGCCCAGGAGCCCAUGAGCAGUGUCCGGCGGAGAGCCCUGCUCAGGAAGGCCAGCUCUCUGCCCCCCACCACAGCCCACAUUCUCAGCGCCCUGCUGGAAUCGAGGGUGAAUCUGCCUCAGUACCCCCCUACGGCCAUCGACUACAAAUGCCACCUCAAAAAGCACAACGAACGCCAGUUUUUUCUGGAACUGGUCAAGGACAUCUCCAAUGACCUUGACCUCACCAGCCUAAGCUACAAGAUCCUCAUCUUUGUCUGUCUCAUGGUGGACGCUGACCGUUGCUCUCUCUUCUUAGUGGAGGGGGCAGCUGCUGGCAAGAAGAGUUUGGUCUCCAAAUUUUUUGAUGUGCACGCGGGAACCCCACUCCUCCCGUGCAGCAGCACAGAGAACUCAAACGAGGUGCAGGUCCCCUGGGGCAAAGGCAUCAUUGGCUAUGUUGGGGAGCACGGAGAGACAGUCAACAUUCCUGAUGCUUAUCAGGACCGAAGAUUCAAUGACGAGAUCGACAAGCUCACUGGGUACAAGACAAAAUCGCUCCUGUGCAUGCCAAUCCGGAGCAGCGACGGAGAGAUCAUUGGUGUGGCCCAAGCAAUAAAUAAGAUUCCUGAGGGUGCUCCGUUUACGGACGAUGACGAAAAAGUCAUGCAGAUGUACCUUCCCUUCUGUGGAAUCGCCAUAUCUAAUGCUCAGCUCUUUGCUGCCUCGAGGAAAGAAUACGAAAGAAGCCGGGCUUUGCUGGAGGUAGUCAACGACCUCUUCGAAGAACAGACUGACCUGGAGAAGAUCGUCAAGAAAAUAAUGCACCGGGCCCAAACCCUGUUGAAAUGUGAACGCUGUUCGGUUUUACUUCUAGAAGACAUUGAAUCUCCAGUGGUGAAGUUUACUAAAUCCUUUGAACUGAUGUCCCCAAAGUGCAGCGCCGAUGCUGAGAACAGUUUCAAAGAAAGCAUGGAGAAGUCGUCUUACUCCGACUGGCUGAUAAACAACAGCAUUGCCGAGCUGGUUGCUUCGACAGGCCUUCCUGUGAAUGUCAGCGACGCGUACCAGGACCCGCGCUUUGAUGCUGAGGCCGACCAGAUAUCUGGUUUUCACAUAAGAUCUGUUCUCUGUGUCCCUAUCUGGAACAGCAACCACCAAAUAAUUGGGGUCGCUCAAGUGCUGAACAGACUCGACGGGAAACCUUUUGAUGAUGCAGACCAGCGGCUUUUUGAGGCUUUUGUCAUCUUUUGUGGCCUUGGCAUCAACAACACAAUUAUGUACGAUCAAGUGAAGAAGUCCUGGGCCAAGCAGUCUGUGGCUCUUGAUGUGCUGUCGUACCACGCCACGUGCUCCAAGGCUGAAGUCGACAAGUUUAAGGCAGCCAAUAUCCCUCUGGUGUCAGAGCUGGCCAUCGACAACAUUCACUUUGAUGACUUUUCCCUUGACGUGGACGCCAUGAUCACAGCUGCCCUCCGGAUGUUCAUGGAGCUGGGCAUGGUACAGAAAUUUAAAAUCGACUACGAGACCCUGUGCAGGUGGCUUCUGACAGUGAGGAAGAAUUACCGAAUGGUUCUCUACCACAACUGGAGACACGCCUUCAACGUGUGCCAGCUGAUGUUUGCCAUGCUCACCACUGCUGGGUUUCAAGAGAUUCUGACCGAGGUGGAAAUUUUGGCGGUGAUUGUGGGAUGCCUGUGUCAUGACCUCGACCACAGGGGAACCAACAACGCCUUCCAAGCUAAGAGUGACUCCGCGCUGGCCCAGCUCUACGGGACAUCGGCCACCUUAGAGCAUCACCAUUUUAACCACGCUGUGAUGAUCCUUCAGAGUGAGGGUCACAACAUCUUUGCUAAUUUGUCCUCCAAGGAAUACAGUGACCUCAUGCAGCUUCUGAAGCAGUCGAUACUAGCCACCGACCUCACGCUGUACUUUGAGAGGAGAACUGAGUUCUUUGAGCUUGUCAGCAAAGGAGACUACGAUUGGAGCAUCAAAAGCCACCGCGAUGUGUUUCGAUCAAUGUUAAUGACAGCCUGUGACCUUGGAGCCGUGACCAAACCGUGGGAGAUCUCCAGACAGGUGGCUGAACUUGUAACCAGCGAGUUCUUUGAACAAGGAGAUCGGGAGAGGUCGGAACUCAAGCUCACUCCCUCGGCUAUUUUUGACCGGAACCGGAAAGACGAACUGCCUCGCUUGCAGCUGGAGUGGAUUGACAGCAUCUGCAUGCCUUUGUAUCAGGCCUUGGUGAAGGUCAAUGCCAAACUGAAGCCAAUGCUGGAUUCAGUGGCUGCCAACCGAAGGAAGUGGGAAGAGUUACAUCAGAAAAGACUGCAGGUCUCCGCCGCCUCCCCAGUCCCUGCGAGUCUCACCGUGGCGGCGGGCGAGGAUAGGAUGUAAAGCACCCAGAGCCUCUGUGCGACGGUCUGAAGGGUCCUCUGCUGCCUGAAGGAUCCGCUGCAGCAGCCGCAUCUUUCCGCUCAGGCAGUCCAAAAGUGCAGACUGUAUAGACCGGACCCGGAAGUGCACCCGGAAGUGUGCUUGAUGGCUGAGGACUGGAAGGAUGAAAGACAGAGGCUGGCAGAGAGCUUGACCCUCCGCUUUCCAUGAUGAACCCACACUGCUGGAUUUGGAUCCAAGAGCCUGAGGGCUAUCAGCCCCACUCGUUCAGAGUUGAGGGGACAGCGUGGUAAAAGUGUCGCUAACACUGCUUCACGUAUGGCAUUUUCCUGUCAUAAGCACGUCCCUUCUAGGCACGUCUUUGUUCCAGACAGUCCCAAGAAUCCAGAUUUGUAUCUUAGGUGUUUUAUUUCUGAUGCAACUGUUUCUUAGUGAUGCACCAGACCAUUGGUCUCGUUUGCCUGUUGGAUGAGCCUCCCCCUUAUGAGAACCAACUCACCCCAAUCUUUUCAAAGGGUCCCCAGUAGGAACGCAGUGAGCUUGCUAAUUGGAGGGUUACAGAAUCUAUAACCCUGGCAGUGAGAUCACAGUUCCUUUUUCAGUGUUUGAAUUCAGCCUUCAUUGUAGACCAGGCCUUUUCCUGAGAAGAAUAGAUUAAUAAAUUUAUUCAAGCAAAGGGGAAGAGGAAUUUACAGUCACGUGUACCACAGGUGACCUGUGAACACUAGAACUACGAGAGAGAGAGAGAGAGAGAGAGAGAGAGAGAGAGAGAUUUUACAAGUGCAGAGGACCCCUGAGACUGAGGAUGGACUAGCCUGAGGUGAAAAAGUUUGGGGAUAAAAUUUAAGGUACCUCAAUUUUAUAUUUUUCCUUAAGUGAAAAAAAAAGAAUAUUCUAGAAAGGCCAGGAAAUGACGUCUACACAACCUAUAUCCUCUAGGAAGUCAGGCCUCUAACAGGUGAAAAAAACUGUUUUAAAUGGAUGUGGUAUCUACUAAGCUACUUUGAUGCCCAUGUCACCCAAGACACUUGUGGACAGGGUCCAUCUUCACCGAAAAGUACUGGCCUUGCUGUCCUUAAUUUUGCAUCCUCAACUGGGUGGCUUUGGACAGGUUUCUCUGCUGCCCAAACUGAAAUUACCCUAGUAGCUUACUUGCAGAAGUCUUAACCUUAAAAUCCUUUGUGCAACAAAUUUUCAAGGACUCCCCAGGACACAAGAUAGCUGAAAGCUGAGAGCUUUUGUUUGAAGUAGGUCUUGGGGGUCCAGAGCCUAUAGGUCCAGGAGGUCCAGAGCCCACAGGUCCAGGGGGUUCAGAGCUCACAGGGCUUGAGGGUCUAGAGUCCACACAAAUCAUCGUCUCUUUGUUCACGUAAUGGUGCUCCAGAGAGAGGCUCUGAGUACUCUGAAAAUCCCCGCAGAUGUGAAACCUGAGAGCCAGCCCAGCUUUAAACAAACAAACAUUUACAAAACAUUUUUUCCUUACUUUUACUGACCAGUAUCAGUUAUUAUCAAAAAAUAGUGGUCAGAUGUUUGAAGCUGGGGAUGGGAGGGUCCUAAAAUGAAGGUACCAAACAAGGAGUGGGAUGAUCUGGAAAUCACCACGAGGAAGACAGCUUUGUUAUGGCAAGAAACACAAUAAAAUAAACGGGGCAAAGGGUGGGACUAGAAGAUAGGGACUAAGGUAGAUAGAUGGCUAAGACAAUGGCUAAGGGGGGUGAAAGUCAAUCCAAGCAAAGAAAAAAGGCAAUACAGUUCCCCCACCCUCCCAAAUGAGGGUACAGAAUCAUGACAUCAAUUGAGCAGGAAAGAGAGACAAUUACACAGGGAGAAUCUUGACAAAGGAGAAAAGGAAGGGCUGGGCGCACUAAGAAACAAUGUUACUAGCUGCCCUUCACAUCUGUGUCUGCAGGGAAGGCUGGGGGGGGGGGGCACGAGAGCAGAAAAAAAAAUGCUUCUGCAGAGCAGGUAAAAGGAGGCUGUACAGAUUUAUGCAUUUUAUUAAGCCAGUUUUCUGAAUCACUCUGCUAUAAAGGCAAAUAGCUUCUGCAGCGCUGUCUCCCUCCUUCAGGUGAGGAACAAAGGAUGGGUGGAGUUAGGAAAAGACCCUAGUCUGUAGGAUCGUCUGCAGGUGCUUCUGGGUACCGCACCACAUCACGCUUCUGUCGCAGACGGGAAUGGAGAAGCAGUCCACGUGAGGCUGCGGUGAGCCCACAUCUGUUACCCGUCCUAAUGGACGCCAGUCCACCCAAAGCAGACAGUUCCAAGCAUGUGCUUUCUGAUACAACUGGACCCAGUGUCUUCCAGAGGCUGCUGGCAGCAGCGAGACAGCAGCCUCCCUCCUCCCUGAAUGUUGAUGCUACAUAUUGCUGAGGGGGACAUAAUUUACAGCACAAACCCUACGGCUUCCUCUAAGGUUGAGUUUUCCUCUCAUCUUGCCUUUUUAUUGGCUUCACUGCACGGUUGCCAAUAGCAACAUCCAUCGGUAGCAAAGGGAGUUCAACAGCAUUGCAAUCUGCCAGACAGUGGAGCCCUGACAAUGUCAACCAUCAAUCAAACGGCUGCUUGUAAUUGCCUCCAUCUAUUUCUCCUGUCUCAAGGUAUCUGUCCUAUUGUGGGUCAAGAUUCAGAAACUGCUGACUAAUGUCUGGGGUCUGCUCCUCCAUGACUGUGGAGAACUGGGAGAGAUGGUGGUAGCCAAACCCUAGAGGUCAAAGGUUGGGAUUUUUAAAGCCCUUGUAAAACGAUUUCUUUCCCAUGACCGUGAGUUAUGUGGGAUCCUAGACUCUGUUUCCAACACACAGGAUGAGGAAACGUCUCAAUCCUUAUUCUUCACUGUUGUUUCCUGUUGGAAAAAGGCAUUUGAAAUGUGAGCCCUCUUCAAAGGAAAAAAAAAAAAAAACUCAAACAGACAAGAUUGUCUGCUUUCUCAGGUCUCUUGGCACGAACAGCCGAGGUGACUCCAUCCUCCUUUUGUAUGAGAUGUAUUUUUUCAGAAACUCUAUUUAUCCAUGUUAGUGAGCGUGUAGCUACUGUGUACACAGCCCACAGCACAGCUGGUGAUAGCGGUGGGUGAGCGCAUCUUGGCAGACCACCAAGGGGACCCACCAGUCCACAGCGGAACGGGCUCCCUCCUCGCUGGCUGCCAAUGGGCCUACUAUCUGGGGACUCUGCGGCGCUUCAGGUUUCUAUCUGUUAAAUAAAAGCCCCAGCUUUUAUCCAGUUUCUGCAUCCAGGGACCAAGCUAUGCUAUGCUUUGCUUUGGAAACUUCAUCCAAGUCAUUCUCUUCUUUCUGCUUCUCAAAUAAAAUAGAAGCAAACCCGAGAGAGUCAUCGUCUCACCGAAGACAGGGUAAACAUUUACAUAGAGAGGGAGUGAACCCCAAAACAACCUUCCUACAAAGCGUCGGAGACAGCUUCUAAUGAGUGUGAACGAUGUAGUCACCAACACCUGCUCAGAAGUGGGUAUUCUCCUGUUUCAUACGGAACAGCCUGAGAUUAUCUCAUAUCCCUGAAUCCCAUGUGGGAAUCAUUAGUUUAGAAGUGAACUUGUAAAGGGAGCCAAGAAAGGCAAAAAUUGUACAUGAGUUCUCUGUGUCUUGAAACCCGAAGGCUUGCAUGCUUCCAGGUACUCCAGGUUUGCAAAUAUCUUGCAUUUAAGAUGAUCUUAGCACUGCUUUUUAUUAGUGCAGUAACGACAGUAUGUUUCUGGAAUUCACUUGUUUUUUCUGUAUAUCAAAAUUUAGCGUACUUUAAUGGCUUACGUUGUUAGACUGACUUUAGCGUACCUCAAUGGCUUACGUUGUUAGACUGAUUUUACUCCGUUUCCUUUGCAGCACAAUCUUUUUCCAACUCAUUUCUCUUACUGACCCUUGUGGGAUCUAACUUCACAAGUGCAGCAGAAAUCUAAACAUGUUUGGAUGAAAUUCAAACAUAAAGAGAAAUGUGUUUUGGUGGGGAAAAUGACAAAAAGAUUCAUUAAAGCUACUCAGUGUAACCUGAUUUGGGACCCUAAACACUUUGCCCCGCCUCCUUUAGUGAAUUCCUAAUGUUUCACAGUAACAAUCUAGAAUCGUUAUUCUACCUUGUGUAUCUAGAGUGCCUAAGCCCUAAAUUACUAAGAAUUUAAAGGUUAAGUCCUGCUGCUAGAAGGCCAAAGUGUCACACACUUCCUAAGUCAACUGUGGGUCACAACCCCACCAGAGAUCAAAUAUCAGAUAGCUCAGACAGCCUGACAUCAGAUGUUGACAUUAUGACUCUUACCAGUAGCGAAAUUACAGUUACGAAGUAGCAACGAAAAUAAUUUUAUGGCUGGGGGUCACCACAACAUGAGGAGCUGUAUUAGAGGGUCGCAGCGUUAGGAAGAUUGAGAACCCUUGUCCUAAGAGAACAGUGGUAGAACAUGACCGGCCCAUCCUAAAAGAUGUGACUGGAGACGUACUUGAAGGGCCUCGGAUUUAGCGGCGCCCAGCACUGUGCUCACUCUCUGUGUCACCCUGUCUCCCCAGCGAAUGAGUUUGGGUUGUACAUACUUUGAUUUUAAAUGGCCUUUCAUGCUUGUGCAUCUCUUGGCAUCACUAAAGGCCAGUGGUCAUCUAUGUAUCCACCUGUACCCACCACUGUAACUGAAUGUAGGCAUCGGUGCAAAACCGUGUGUCUUAUGAAGUAAAUGAGCUACUUGCCGUGGGAAAAAAAAAGUAUCUUCUUUGAAGCCAUCAUCUGUGUUCAUGUCUGUGCAUAUGUGUGUUAGCACGCUUGUUUUUCUUCUGCUUUCAUGUGGAUUUAGAUCACAUCAUAUUCAGAGCACCUUUAAAGCAUAGCACAGUGUGGAGGCAGAAGUCUAGUUUGCUGAGUCUAUCCCCUUGGAGGGCUGUUGCUUUCGCCGUUUUAUUCUGAUUUACAAUAAUCUAAAAAGAGUUCCUUACUGACUUGUUUCCUAAUUAUUGUUGUAUUACCCCAAAGAAGGGAAAUACGUUGUCGGCUGGCUCGUGUGAAGCCCCUCUCUCUGUGAAGUUUCCAGGUUAAUACUGUAUUGUAAGAACACUUGGUAAAAUGCUGAUUGGCCAUUACAGAAGCAACUACCCAUGGCUUCGAAACAGACUGCUUUAAGAAAACAGAAGCUUCUUGUUUUUAAUAAAAUGCUUA